AUGAGCGACAGCAACGAAGAGAGUUUUGAAUGUCUUGGCACCUUGGCAGCGGGUUCUGCUGAGAAUGUCCAGGGUACCGGUACCACCGCUGUUGAGGAAAAUCAGCCAUCGCAGUCCAAGCAGCAGCAGACUGUGGAAGCAGCCAGUCGUGAGGAUGACUGCAAUGAUGGAAGUGAUAUUCCUAACGAUGUAUCGCAGAAAAUAGUUUGCGCGAGAUUCGACAAUGGUGCACAAAAGGUUCGUCUGGAAGGAGUUGAAGAAACAUCAGGUGUACCCAAUGGCAGUAGUAAUAACAGUCCCGAAAGGAACGAGAAGAAUGGAGGGAUAGAAGCCGCACGACAACCCAGCCAACCCGGAGCCUAUACACACUCGCUCACCUGGAGGGCACGUCAUUCGACGAGACAGUGCCUUGUCAGUGCCUAUGCCGUAGAUGACGAGCAUCCGAGUACUCUCGAUAUAGAGGAACAAAGAGCUCAGAUCGAACAGGAGGUUAUCAGUCGACUUCUAGGCGAAUCUGGAACGGUGCAAGCCGAUGCUGUGGUGAUGCCGGACGAAAAGGUGUCCACAAAGGAUGGCGGCGACAACAACAAUAACAACAACAAACGGGCAAGUUUGAGAGCAGGGGCGAUAUAUGUCUCCAUCUUCGUUGCCGUCAUUGUGGUGGUGGUGGUGGUUAUAGUUUUGGCCACGACAGGGACAUAUCAGAACCACGAAGGUUCCGAUACCAGCCCCCCUGGAGUUACAAAUACAAGCCCCUCAACUCUGGCCAUUAUCCGUGAUCGGGGAUUCGUUCGCUGCGGAGUUUAUCCUGCAAUAUACGGUUGGAACAGGGACUUAUCGGACGGAUUGAGUCAUGACUCUUGCAAAGCGUUGUCAGUUGCCGUGUUUGGCACUCCGGACAAAGUUGAAAUGGUUGCAGAACGAGCGUCGUGGGGAAACUUGUUUACCUUGCUCGCAAACCACACUGUCGACGUGAUAACAGAUGUAACUACUCAUAACAUGGGAAGGGAUGUGUUUCAUCGAGAGAGCAAAACCCCUUUUGCUUUCUCGAGAGUGGUGUUCUACGGGGGUGGGGUCUUUGCUGGCGUCCCAACCUUCGUCGACUGCGCCGAGAAGCUUGAUACUCUGUAUGGCUUGUGUCGGGAUUUGAAGAUUUGUGCCUUUUUUGGAUCCGUAUCGGAGAGCCUCAUGUGGGAACUUCUGCCUGGAAGUCCACUCGUGCCUAUAGAAGCGGUACACAGUGUACACCAUGACAUAGCCUCAAAGUUGACGGCAAAUCUUUGUAAUGUCAUAUUUACCAAUUCACUUACGUUAGUUGAGGCUUCCGUUCGGGAAAUGGGAUACGAGGGACCGUACAGGGUUGGCACAAAGUUCUUUGCACGGAGCCAUGCUGGCCUGAUGACUCGAGAUGAUGAUCCAGGGUGGUCCAAUCUUGUGGAUCUGAUUAUAGGUACCCUUUUCACGGCUGAGGCUUUCAACAUCUCAAACGGGAACGCUGAUGAUAUUGCUCUCUAUCUUCCCAACAACACUGAAAUGGCAUCUAUCAUGACUUCUGUUGUGAGAAAGGUUGGGAAUUAUGGUGAUGUCUACCGGAGGAAUCUUGGACCUUUUGUUCCUCGCCAAGGUCUCAAUGCCAUUUAUGGAAACAACAGCAAUUCUGGUCUCUUGUAUGCCCAUACCUUUAGAGAAUUGGAUGUUCUGGGACGUGAUCCAAUCCCUGGCAUGACCUUACACUCUGUAAUGGAGAGAGGAAUGCUUCGCUGUGGGGUGCAUCCUCGCCUGGGGUUUGCGGCGCAGGAUGAAGGCGGUUGGGUUGGUCUUGAUGUUCAGUUUUGUAAUGCUGUUGCAACUGCAAUUUUUGGUGGGGACAGUAUGAGGGUAGAGUUCAUCAAUCUUCAAGGCAAUGCCAAUGGUGCAUAUUCAUCCCUUUCAAGUGGUGAUGUCGAUCUCGUUGCGGGAUCUCGAGUUUCUUUGCAGGCAGACUACCAUGAACCUACAACGGCAAGGGGGUAUUCAUUUUCACGUCCAUACUUCUACAACAACAGCAAUAUGGAUGCCUUUGCAUUGAUGACAACCGAUGAUGACACCCAGUGGAAUGAGUUUGUGUUUUGGACAGUCGUGGCAGUGAUUUAUGCAGAAGAAAAUGACAUAUCACACGAAACUGCAAUCGAAAUGCCGGUUGUCUCCUUGUUUGGAGAUAGUCUGAAACAAAUGUUUCGGGAUUGUGUGACUGCUGUAGGAUCAUAUGCUACUAUGUACAACACAACUUUGGAACAAAUCAUUCCUAGAGCGGGUGCAAAUCGGCUCAACGACCAGGAUGAUCCUGAGCAUUUUCCAGUUCCAUUUGCCUGA